AUGAGCAAUCAUCACACGAACGAUUGGAAAUCAGUUCAGAAUAAGCCAAGAACCGGAAGGAAAACUCAAUCAAAUACCAGUGCUUCAACUCCAACAGGUUCACCGCCAUCCUCCUCUUCAUCGUCAUCGGCAACUACUACAUCUUCUUUACCACCAGGCUCAUCUCCCGUCGGAUCCAAUCCAACUACCACUACUACUAGUAUUAAUUAUAAUGUCGUAGCAGCGACAAGUUAUAAAACUGCGGCUGUUGUAUCCGUUCCAAACCUUGAGUCGAGAGGAACUAGUAUGCAUCAUCAGCACCAAUACAAUAAUAAUUCUUCAUCCUCUUCUUCUUCAUCAAAUCAACCAUUGGAUAAACAUCCACUAGGUCAUACAUUUACAUUUUCCUACUUUAGAAAGGAGAAGGGUAUUGAUUAUGAAGAUUGUAUGAAAACUGUAGGAGAUUUUUCAACUGUGGAAGAAUUCUGGGCACUCUACACUCACAUGAAAAGACCAUAUGAGCUUAAAGUAUCGAUGGAUUAUCAUCUAUUUAAACAAGGGAUUAAACCAAUGUGGGAAGAUGAAAAAAACAAAAACGGAGGUAGACUCAUGCUUCGAUGUAAAAGUGGCUAUUCUGCUAGAAUUUGGGAAGAUUUACUCUUAUCUUUCAUUGGUCAACAAUUUGCAAAUGAUGAUGAUAUUAACGGAGUUGUAAUUUCCAUUCGAGACAAUCAUGACAUUAUUUCAAUUUGGAAUAAGAAUGGAGAUGACGAAAAAAUCCAAGAAACAUUGAAGCAAGAUGUCAUGAACUUGUUGAAUCUCCCUUCUCAAACCAAGCUUGAAUACAAGGCACACAAGGAUGCCAUUCAAACACACACCAAGAUGCUUGAAUUAUGGAGCAAUAAUUUUAAAACAAGUGAUGACACUGACAUUCAAGACGAUGCGGAGCUAGCCGAAUCCAAUCCAAUGGAAGGAGAAACCACAAAACAACGAUAA